GGAGCAUAGUCCUCAGAAGGUAGACUGAAUCUUAAUACAUGAUUGAACAGCUGGCGAUAAUAUUCUUCAUUUAUUUGUCCGUCCUCCGAGAUGGCUAUAUGUGGCUGAAGAUGGUGAAAAUAUGGUAGAAAGUGGGGCGGCGCCUCCUGUCGCAUAUGAAGUGGAUAGUUUGCAUUUUGCAUUCCGAUAAUCACUAUAGUGCUGCGUUAUGAGACACGGAGCGUAAAAAAAAACUACUGCUGACAAAUCUGCAGCCAAGAUACGUGUUUCCAGUUCGCGCAAGACGAAGGUGAGGAUGUGCGUUAUUUGUGGAAGUACCUCUGUCGUAACGAGAGAUUUUCAACCACCAAGUGCUGACAUAAGCACGCAGUGCCAAAGCAACAAGGUCAUCAUUGAGUUCCUUUGAGCAGGACAGCGAAGCAAACAAGGGAGGGGGGGGGUUCGGCACCAGCUGGAAAGUGGGGAAAGGGAAUACGUUUGCGGCUCAUCAUGAUGCAUCAAUGGAGCAUAGCCAUCAUUGCAUUUCCCACUUCAAGUCAAUUCGUGGCCAGUCCGACACGGUGGUACCUUCUAGUAAGACCCAUUAAGAUGUAUAAAUAUCAGGACCAUCAAACGCCCAUUGCCACGCCAGCCCACUAUUCAAGUUCGGGCUCAUGAAGUUAGACGCCCAAGAUUUCGAGCUCCCAGGGAAGGGUCAGGAUAGCGACCUGAAGUUUUGCUACAAACGCUAUCGACCUGCCAGUGGUACCAUCAUCGCACGAAACUACUGUGGCAGACAAGGAAAUGACUCGGAGGAGGUCGUGCUUUUAUUCGCGCACUGUGUUAGCACUCACAAGGAAACAUGGGAGCCCACUAUAGAGCACUUUCUCGACAUCCAAACUCGUUCCGUCAAUAGGAAUGUUGUGAAAGAAGCUUGGGUAGUCGAUGCUCCAAAUCACGGCCAGGCUGCUGUUGUGAACGAGCACGCGCUCCUCGAUCGGCCUCAAGGCGUAUCUUCCUAUGACUGGGCUCGCGCCUUUCACGUGCUCUUCGAAUCAGAGCACCUUCGUGGUGCCAAAGUCAUAGGUGUCGGACACUCUGGGGGUUCUUGGGCCAUAACGCUAGCUACUGUUGGCUAUCCCCUGCAUCAACUUCCUUACAUAGCCAUUAUCCUCAUUGAAGCUGGGAUGAUGACUCGUGAAAUGUAUGAAACAGCUUUGCAAAAUCCAACCAUGUUUAAAAAGAUCAAGGCCGCUACUAUGAAACGCAAAGAUAUAUGGCCUUCGCGAGAUGCUGCUCGACAGUGGUUUUCCCUACGACUGCCGUGGAAGCGAUGGGAUACUCAAGUCCUACAGCUCCUCGUGGAUGAAGGUCUUCGUGAGCUCCCAACAUUAAGCUACCCCGAUCAAAGUAAUGGAUUUACGCUUAAGUUGACUCGAGAGCAAGACACAGCUUCGUAUGAUUACCAGCAGCACGGUUCUGACUGUCUUGAUAGACUGAGCGAACUCUGUCCUAUUAUUCCUGUUCACUGCAUAUUGGGUACUGAGGUUGAUGCAGUACCUGAAGAGGCCAAUCGAUGUGCGUAUGACGAGAGUAAGGGCCGCCGUGUAGCAUCUAACACAAGGAUUCAAGGUGCAGGUCAUCUGGUCGUACAAGAAAAACCAUUCGAAUUAGCCUUAGCAAUGUGGAAAGCACUCAACGAACAGAACAGUCAUCUUUUGAAGACCAGCAAAUUAUGAUGUGGGUAUAAUCCAAUGGAAAGAAAGGGUAUAUUUUAUUUCGUCAUGAAUGAUAGUAUGUACAACAUCCAAUGCAAUCUGAUUGUAUCACCUCUCCAAUCCAUAAUAGUUUGGGUAAUAUCCAGUGUGACGUUUCUCUACAAUUUACAGAAACGCAUGCAUCUCACUGUUCUCUCAGAUGUCGCGUUCUUCGUCACCAGAUAAUUGCGACAUGAUCUGACCACCAUCACCGAUGCUUCCAUUCGAGUGGAGCUUGCUAAUGUCGAAUAAAGGUGGCAUUGACUGUAGAUUCUCCUUGCGCUGCUCGGUAAAAUCGCUAGCGACUUGAUCUCUAUUUGUACGCGACA